AGCCGUGGGGCAGCCAUGGGGCGGGUGUGGGGCAGCCGUGGGGCAGGUGUGGGGCAGCCGUGGGGCAGCCAUGGGGCGGGCGUCCCGCAGGCGUCCCUGGACCAGCCGACGCAGACGGUGAUGAUGCACCGCACGGAGCCCACGGCGCAGCAGAACCUGGCGCUGCAGCUGGCCGAGAAGCUGGGGGGGCUGGUGGAGAACAACGAGCGCGUCUUCGACCACAAGCAGGGCUCCUACGGCGGCUACUUCCGCGACCAGAAGGACGGCUACCGCAAGGGCGACGGCGGCUACCUGCGGCGCGGCGGCUACCGGCAGCAGGAGCGCGGCUCCAACUACUGAGCCCUGCCCCACGGCGUGCCCCACGGAGCCGGCCCCACGGCGUGCCCCACGGAGCCAGCCCCACAGAUCCAGCCCCACAGAUCCAGCCCCACGGCACCCCCCCAAUAAAGCACCUGUGGGAAGCAGGG